AUGCCCAACUUCGAGCCCAAAGGAGACAUCGUCUCCGGCUCUCCAGCCCUUCUGCCAGAUCCAAGCAAGACCCUCGUUGGUCAGCACUCCAUCUCCCUCAUCCCGCUCAUCAAAACUCACGUCCUGGGACUAUACGCCUCCUUAUGCGGUCCGGAGAAAGAUCACUUGCAUACUUACAUGCCAGCUGGACCUUUCCAUACUCUUGAUGCGUUCUCUGCACACAUCGAUACCUUGCUCACAAGCGCUAUCUACUUCCCUUACACCAUCAUGUCCACUUCCUCACCAUCAGAAACACCAGUCGGCAUCAUAACAUUCAUGAACAUCGUUCCCCUUCAUCGUACCGUCGAGAUCGGACACGUUCUGUAUGGCACCACACUGCAAAGGACUCCCGCAGCCACAGAAACGAGUUACCUGCUCAUGAAGUAUGCAUUUGAGGAAUUGGGAUACCAAAGAGUCGAGUGGAAAUGCAAUGAUUGGAAUGAGCCAAGCAAGAGGGCGGCGCUCAGACUGGGGUUUGUAUUCGAGGGGAUCUUCAGGAAACAUCUUGUCGUCAAGGGAAAGAGGAGAGAUACAGCUUGGUAUAGCUGUCUGGAUGAUGAGUGGUUUCGGGAGGGCAAGGGGAGUGUGAAGAAGGGGUUGGAGGAGUGGCUUGGGAAGGCAAAUUUUGAUGAGCAAGGGAGGCAGAUUAGGAAGUUGGAGGAGGUUAGGGAGGGGUUGAUGUAA